AUGCAGGGUGUAUUUGCUUUAUAUCAUAUAAAUGCAGUUGUAGGUGUAUUUGCUUUAUAUCAUAUAAAUGCAGUUGUAGGUGUAUUUGCUUUAUAUCAUAUAAAUGCAGUUGUAGGUGUAUUUGCUUUAUAUCAUAUAAAUGCAGUUUUGUCAACUGAAACUGAACUUUAUCUCAUGAUUAAAACAGACUUGGUUAUAAAACAAACUCAGAUUUACCAUUUGAUAGUUGUAAUUGGAAUACCAUUCUUUAAAGGUCAGUUUGAUACUAAUUUUAUUUUAAGAAGUUUACAUGGAAGAUUAUCAGAUUCUAAAACUCCAUCGCUCAUUCAUUGUAUUAGUAGCAAAGGUAAUCCAGGAAAAAUUGUUUUUAGUAGAGAAUUGGAUACUGGACAGGGGAUAACACUUCCAAAAUACAAACAAGAGUUUAUACAAGGACCACCAUUGCUUGCAAGAGUUCUUUACAUGCCAGCUGAAGAACAAGCAAGUAAUUUUGGUGCAUUUCAAUGUCAUAUUACUAAUGGAGGUGUUGAUACUACUGUAUCAACUUUAAAACUACCACCACUUAGUAAAGUUGAAAUUGAUGCAGAAGAACCCUACAUAAGUGUAAACAAAGGAGAUGAUGUAGAAUUAAAUAUGAUAAAAUAUGCCAAUCACAGUUUAGAUAUACUUUGGAUGCACAAUGAACAGGAAAUACCUAAAUGGAAAAAUCAACUUCAAAUACAAAUAAAAAAUGUAAACUAUUCUGAUAGAGGAAUAUAUGAAUGCUAUUUUGAUGGAAGAAGAAGCUUGAGCUUACAUGGCAUAUUGAGACUUAUUGUGAGAGCUUGUCCUUCUGGUAAAUUUGGGGCUUCAUGCAAUCAGGAUUGUCCACCAUGUUACAAUGGAGGAAUCUGCCAUGAUAUAUUAGGAGAAUGUAUUUGUCCUUCUGGUUUUAUAGGAACAAAUUGUGAAACAGCUUGCAAAGCAAACUUUUUUGGAGUAAAUUGUGGUAAACAAUGCUCUGCUCCUGCACAAGAAAGUGGAUGUGCUGCUCAUGUAUUUUGUAAGCCAGAUCCUUAUGGUUGUUCUUGUGCACCUGGAUUUAAAGGAACAUCUUGUGUAGAUUCUUGUGAAAAUGGUACUUAUGGUGCAAACUGUAGACAGCCAUGUCAUUGUCUUAAUGGAUUAGAAUCAUGCAAUAAAAUAACAGGUGCUUGUAAUGGUGGAUGUUCUCCAGGUUGGAAAGGAGAUUCCUGUCAAAUUCCUGAUGAUUCUGAUUUUGAUUCUUUUAUAACUUCAAAAGUUACUUGUAAGACAGGAACAUUUGGAGAAAAUUGUAAGCAAAAGUGUCAUUGUUUAGGUAAAGCUGAUUGUGAUCCUAUUGUUGGAACAUGUCCAGGAGAAUGUGAAGAUAAUUGGAAUGGUACCUCAUGUAAUGUAUGUAUUGAAGGAAGAUAUGGAGAAGAUUGUGAAAAUACAUGUCAUUGUGAAGGUGGAAAUGAAAAUUGUGAAAUUGAUGGUAAAUGUAAACAAGGUUGUAAAGCUGGAUGGACAGGUUUUACAUGUCAACAGGAAUGUGCAGCUGGAAGAUUUGGUCCAAAUUGUGGAUUAUCAUGCCAUUGUCUGGAUGGACCUAAAGUUUGUGAUAAAAUCACAGGAAUGUGUAUUGGAGAUUGUCAAGCAGGUUAUAUGGGAAAAGAUUGUCAAACAACAUGUCCUAUGAACACAUAUGGUAUAAACUGUCAACAAACUUGUGAAUGUCUCAAUGGUGGUGUCUGCAACAGAAUUAAUGGUAACUGUACUUGUGGUGGUUAUUGGCGUGGACAGAAAUGUACAGACAGAAUUCCACAGAUUAUUGCUACUUCUGACCAGGAAAUAAAUGUUGGACAAUAUACAUUUAUAUCUUGCACUGCUGAUGCCAUUCCUUCACCUUCUCUGGAGAUAACUUCGAGUGAUUUGAAUAGAUUAAAUACCUCAAUAACAAAAUUUGGAAAAAAUCAAUAUCAAGCAAUUGCCAAUGUUACUGCCAACUCUUCAGGAAAUUAUACUUUUCAUUGCUCAACUAAUAAUACUUAUGGUUGGGAUAUAAAAUCUUUUUUUCUGCUAGUGAUCGAUCCACCUGUACUAAAUGAAAGGCCCGAAAUAAUAAAUGUUACUUCAACCAGUAUAGAAAUAUCAUGGAAAUCAUGGGAAUACGGAAUUGAUAAAGGUGGAAAAGAAAUGGAUAGAGUUGAUUAUUUAGUAGUUUAUCGUAUUUGGGAAACAACGGUAUGGAAUACAACUAACAAUUGGAUAUCUACAACAAGUACUGUAAUACAUGAACUUUUACCUGAUACUGAAUAUCAAAUUGCCAUUAAAUGUAGAAGAUCUGGUAAAGGUGGAAUAGGUUCACCAAGUCCAAUUAUGUCAGCUAGGACAUUAUGUGGAAAUCCAUCAUCUCUUGCUAUUCCUCUUGAUUUUAAUCCUCAACAUUUUACACCACAUACAAUUACUCUUUCUUGGAAGCCACCAAUAUACUCUGAAUUACAAUGUUCUUUGAUUGGAUAUAUAUUGUGUUAUUAUGAAGGCAUAGGGGUGCAUAAUCUACAUUGUGUGAAUAUUUCUAAAUCUGAAGAGUCUUAUACCCUGGAAGGAUUACAACCAUUCACAGAAUAUGUUCUCCUACUUUUUGCAGUUACACCUAAAGGAAAAGGACAACAGUUUGCUGUAUUGAAAUUUUCUACACCAGAAGCAGUUCCAGGACCAGUUGAAAAUCUGAAAUACAGUCAAAUAUUAAAGAAUCCUGAACUGAUAGUAAUUGAAUGGAAGACAAGUUCUGUAAUGAAUGGAAUACUUAAGGAUUAUUUAAUCAAAUAUGAAUUGAUGAAACAGGGUCUCUGUGAAAAUAUAUNAAUAUAG